AUGUCAUCUGUCCAAUUUUCUCAAGUAAUUCAAAACCUUAUUAAUUCGGAAACUCAUGCGCCUUUGACUAAUUUUAUCAAUAAUGAGUUUGUUCCAACUGCAAACCAUCUUGAUUCUGUAAAUCCAGCGACCGGGAAAGCAUGGAUCAAAAUUCCAAAUUCUACAAAGACUGAUGUUGAAAAAGCAGUAGAGGCAGCCAAAGAAGCUUUCAAAACGUGAGAUUUCUUUUCGAAAAAAAAUUUUUCUGAAAAAUAUAUGAACCAUGAUUCUAGAUGGAAGAACACAAGUGUUAAUCAACGUUCAAAACUUCUUCAAAAAUUAGCUGAUCUUAUUGAGGAAUUCAAUGAUGAUUUGGCUAUUCUUGAAAGUCGUGAUCAAGGAAAAACCGUGAAUUUGGCAAGAGUUAUGGAUAUCCCAAGAUGUGUUCAGAAUUUCCGAGAUUUUGCAACCGCUGCAAAACAUCAAACUUCAACUUCAACAAUUUUAGAAGAACCUGUUAAAGCUAUCAAUUAUGUGAAAUAUGAUCCAAUUGGUGUUGCUGGUUUGAUCAGUCCUUGGAAUUUGCCAUUAUACUUGGUGAGCUAUAUUUUCACAAAUUCUAUCAAUUGAUAAAAUUCUAUUUCAGUUGUCAUUCAAAAUAGCUCCCGCUUUGGCCGCUGGGAAUACAAUUGUUUGUAAACCGAGUGAAUUAACAAGCGUCACUGCUUGGGUUCUUAUGCAUGCCAUCAAGCUUGUGGGUUGGUGUUUUAAGCUUCUUAACUGAUAGUAAAAGAAUUUAUCGCAGGAUUCCCUCCGGGCGUUGUAAAUAUGGUAAUCGGAGAAGGUUCAAGUGCGGGACAAAGUUUAGUUGAUCAUCCAGAUGUACCAAUUAUUAGUUUCACUGGAAGUAAGGAUAAUUUUCAGAAAAUAAAGGCAAUUAAAAAACUGUCAUUAAGGCACGCUCAUCGGAAAGAAAAUUCAAGAAAGUGCUGCAAAAUUAAACAAAAAAGUUUCUCUUGAAAUGGGCGGGAAAAAUGGAGCAAUUGUAUAUUCGGACUUUGAUUGGAAUGAUUUAUCAACUAUUGUUCGUUCAGCAUUUUUGAAUCAAGGAGAAAUUUGUUUGUGUACAAGUCGGCUUUUUGUGGAAAGGAAUAUUUAUGAAGAAUUUGUUGGAAAAUUCGUAGCCGAAGCUAAGAAGUAUACAGUUGGAGAUCCAACUAGUAAUGUUAAUCUUGGAGCGAUGAAUUCAAAAAUUCAUUUUGAAAAAGUGAAGAGUUAUAUUGAAACUGUAACCGAGCAAGGUGGCAAAAUACAUUGUGGAGGUGUUCAACUUUUAGAUGGCGAAUUUAAAAAUGGUUAUUUCAUCGCACCAACAGUUAUUACUGAUUUAGCUGACAAUUCAAAAUGUAUGACUGAUGAAAUAUUUGGGCCAGUUGUUUGUAUCACUCCCUUCGACAAAGAUGAUGUGAGUUUUUUUUAAUAUAAAAAUAUGCACACGUGUACAUGAUAUUUCUAGGAAGCAAUUGAACGUGUAAACUCAACACCAUACGGCUUAUCAGCAACUGUCUGGAGUCGAGAUAGUAAACGAUUGUUAAACACGGCAAACGAAUUGCGUGUAGGAACUGUUUGGUGUAAUACGUGGCUUGUAUGUUAUCUUAACAUCCUUCUUCUCUCUAUAAAAAAAUAAUCAUUUUUUUUGUAGACCAGAGAUCUUGGAAUGCCAUUUGGCGGAUGUAAGCAAUCAGGACUUGGAAGGGAAGGUGUUCAUGAUUCACUUCAUUUUUAUGCUGAUGCUAAAACUGUUUGUGUCAAAUUAUCAUGA